AUGCCUUCCAGCCAGACAGCAGCUUGCCUUGCCGCUGCGGCGGCCGCCGGCCUUGUGGCACCUGCUUUCGUCCCCGUUUUUGGAGGUGCGCGGGGAGCAACAGCUCCGCAUUUGCGCGGCUCCACGGCAGCUGCAACAGGCUGCGGUGCCACCGGUGCAGUUGCUGGCGGGGCUGUUGCAGUGGCUGCGAUUGCCUCGCUGCGGUCGGUGCGCCCGGCACGCACUGCGCAGAAGGCAGCUCGCCGCGACCUGGCGGUGGCCUACGAGGACUCUGGCAUCGACCUCCUUGACAACGGCAAGUUCGCGCAGGGCCUGGUGGGCGCCGAAGGUGCCUGGGGGCGCUUCGAGUUCGACCCCUUGGGCUUCUCCACGAAGACGGAGGUUGUUCCCUACCUCCGUGAGGCAGAGUUGAAGCACGGCCGCAUCGCGAUGCUUGCAUGGCUCGGCAUGGUUGUUCCGGACUUCGUCCGCCUGCCGGGUGAGAAGUUCUCCUUCGAGGCGGUGCCAGUCUCCAUCGAUGCCCACGAGGCGUUCCGCGGCGCCACCGGUGUCAACGCGCAGAUCUUGUUCUGGAUCAGCAUCGUGGAGUUCUGCUGCGCAAAGAAGGUCUUCGAGUGGAACUCUCUCGAGGUCGCGGGCGACUAUGGCCUGACCAACUGGUUCCCCAGCGAUGAAGAGGGCCAGAAGAAGAUGCGUCUGGCCGAGCUCAAGAACGGGC